CCUUUUCGAAAUUGGUAGUUCGUUUUCACAUUUCCUCCACACACGACACACUACACACAGUAACACGUGACAACUAACGGUACCAAGCCUGGAAUAUUACCAACAUAAACUCUGGACUAUAUUUAAUUAAUUAUCUCUGUGAGACAAUGUCUACAGCCAGUGUGGUGCAAUACCAUAAAACAUUGUCUCCACAGAAAGUUAAUAUUCUGCAACAGAAUACCACUCAGAAUGUUCAAAUAAACCUACAAUCAGUUAAAAAACAAUCACCGGUCAGCACGUUGAACCCAAAGGAUAUCCUGCUAACAAACCCAGCGAGGAAGAAGUCUAAACCUACAAGUAGUGAAAAUGGUAGUCCGAAAUUAACAAAUCCAGCACCGGUGGCAGUUGCUCGGAGGAAUGCCCGGGAACGCAAUCGGGUUAAACAAGUAAACAAUGGAUUCGCCACUUUGAGACAACACAUACCGAAUUCCAUUGCAUCAGCGUUUGAAUCCUCAACAGGACGUGGCGGGAGUAAAAAACUGUCGAAAGUUGAAACACUUCGUAUGGCUGUUGAAUACAUCAGAACCCUUGAAGAUAUCCUGAAUGGAGAUCAAUCAUUCACAGAAAUAUCACAGAAUAUUUCUUCAUCUUUGUCUUCAUCAAUUUCUAACAGUUACAAUUCUUUAUCCUCUGCAUCCACUCCUUCAUCAUCUCCAAUUAAUACCACAAAUAAUACACUUCCAACUAAUACAAACACAUACACCUAUCCCAUAAUGUGUCCUCUGGAUGAAGACGAUGAUAUGACUGUGAUUAAUUACAAUAGCACCUCGAAAAUCUAUCCACUUCCUUUAGAUAACUUCUACGAUAAUGAUAAUCUCGACUUGGAAGAUAAUAUUCUAUCAGCUGAUCAAUUGAUUGAUGGAGAUUUGGAUUUGUUGAAUUCCAUGCAUACUACCACUGGGUCAUUGUCACCGGAAUUGUACAGUGAUGAUUCGUUGAGUCCAAUUGCAAUCAAUAGAUGUCGAUCGACGAAUAAUCAAAUGUUUAUACCAGUGUUUAAUUCCACUAAUGAAGAUAUCAAAUUGAGAAUCACACCGGAGAUGAUUAUGGAAAUCAAAUCUGAACCGCAGCAGGAGGAAGAGGAUUCCAAGGAGAAUAUGGUGCAGGUUAUGCAGUGGUGGGAAUCACAACAACAGACACGCAGUUAGC